UCCCUUCAGAACUGUAACACUGUCAUUGGAGAAGGCUUUCUCCACCCAUAGCUGUAACAUUACAAGAACAUGGGUGACUGAAGAAUCCCAACCCUAAUCAAUUUUUUAUCUUAAAAUUUAUCAUUUCUAAGAUCACACACAGUUGGGCAGGAAGGACUGGUGACAAAAAUGCUUCCCCAUCCCAAGAGAAAACAUGAACACCCAAGUAUUUUCAGUACAGUUAUCUGAAGACUAUUAAUGAGGGGUAAUUACAUAGUUACUUCCCCCCUCCGAGCGCUUGCUCACCCGUGGGCCUACUGUCCCCACAAUAUCCAGGGAGCUUAACGGAGAUCCCACAGAGGCCAUAGUGGGUAUUCCUCGCCUCCCACCGGGAUUCCUACUGGUACUGUCUGGAACAGUCUGGGAUGACGCCUGGACUCAAGAGGCUAAGAAGCCUCCACCUAGGCCUUCUCCAAGGCAGGACGACCCUCACGGCAUAACUCAGAACAGUAAACGGCCGUAGGUUGUGCGCUGGCUGUUACCUAGGAGACACAAGGAGCGCGAGUCCUUCGGGGAGCGCCAGCUCUGAUUGGUCAGGAUGCCCUAACUAGCCAAUAGAAACCAGUUCCGCUGUGCACAUGCGUAAAGAGGCUAACCCGCAGUCUGGGUCGGCUGUACGUGAGUCCUACGGCUGAGGUUGCAAGAGAAGAACCGCUGCCAAGUCAGGAAAGGGAACCCCCGGAACUCUGCGGCAAAGCGACCCCGAGGAGAGGAACGAAGAGCCUCCCGCGUUAGAGGCCCUGGAAGCGUGCUGUCCUCCUUGCUGAGGCUCACGGGAGACGUAGUCCAAGCGGAGGGGGGCCGUUCCUGCGGAGCAGGUGCAGGAUUGGCCAGGCUGGUAGGACCCUCUGUCACCUCCAAAAAGACCCUCAAAACAAGAAUGCCAUCUCCUCUGGGUACCCCACACCUAUCCUUCAGAGACUCCAGGACCACCCUUGAGGAGCCUGAGGCUGCACGACUCCAUUUCCGGGGUUUCUGCUAUGAGGAGGUUGAGGGACCCCGAGAGGCAUUGGCCCGGCUUCGAGAGUUGUGUCACCAGUGGUUGCAGCCUGAGUCAUCCUCCAAAGAGCAGAUGAUAGAGUUGCUGGUUUUGGAACAGUUCCUGGGUGUGUUGCCUCCUGAGAUCCAGGCCUGGGUUCGAGGACAGCGACCAGGAAGCCCCGAGGAGGCCGCUGCCCUUGUUGAGGAGCUGCAGCAUGAUCCUGGACAGCUGCUGGGCUGGAUCACAGCCCACAUCCUGAAGCCAAAGAUACUUCCUCCAGUCCAGAAGAUGGAGGAGUCCUCAGGGAGCCACCACUUCUCAGCAGCAAUGGAAUCCUCCAAGGCAGGCCCAGCGGAGGCACCGCAGGACGCAGGGAUAGACAGAUCUACCCAGAUCAGUUGCAGUGUGAAGGAGGAAGUCAGUGCUGAUGGGCAGGAGAUGGUAUCUCCACGCACCCUCCUUCCAGCCCAGGACCCCGAGGGACAUCUUGAACAUCAGGAAACAGCCUCCAUAUCGUUCCAGCCAGGAAGAAUCCAGGAGUGGGGCCUGAUGGACUCAUCACAAAAAGAGCUGUGCUGGGGUGUGAUGCCGGAGAAAUACAACACAGUGGUAUCCCAGGCAAGCCUGCCGCUGCUACAGCCAGAGACACAUGUUGACUCUGAGCUGAGACCAAAACAGGAGACCCCACAUGAAGGAUCAGAGUCCCUCGGGAGCCAUCCCCCAGAAGUGGGAGCCAUUGCAGAUCCAAGGCUAGUUCAAGCCACUCCAAGUGAAAGACAGAGCCCUUGCAAGGACCCUCCAGGCUUGUCUCCUACACCACUGCUUGAAGCCCCAGCUAGGCCCACACCUCGGAAGCUGUAUGUUUGUGAGCAGUGUGGCCUCAGCUUUGAUUGGAAGUCAGUUUUCAUCAUUCAUCUCCGCACACACAGGAGAGGGCCAGGCCUGGAAAGACCAUCACAGGUAGCCUGGGAGCCGGCCAUGCGGCGCUCCCCUGGCCUUCGGGCCUAUACCUGUGUGGAGUGUGGGCGCAGCUUCAGCUGGAAGUCACAGCUGGUCAUCCACCGCAAGAGCCAUGCAGGCCAGUGGCGCCACUUCUGCGGGGACUGUGGGUGUAGCUUUGACUGGAAGUUUCAGUUGGUCAUUCAUAGGAAGAUCCACCAGCCAGAGGACCCAUGAGGAGCUGGAGAGGCAUGUCUCACCCUGGGUGCCUCCAGCCCUGAUGCACCACUUCUGGCAUCCUCUUUAGCCAAGAGGAGGUUCUAAGGCACCCCAAGUAAGUCAGGGAUUGCAAGAAGAUUUCCCUGUCCAUUGCCAGGUUAUCCAGUGUAUGGAGAGGAGGCUGUUCCCUUCCUUUGGUUCCUGCUUUGUGGAGCCAGGCCUGGGUUGGAGUUACUAACCUACGACUGGGGUCCAGCUUGUACAAGAGGUGGACACUCCCUGCUUCAGGAUGCUCCGAAAUCACUUAGGUCCCUCCUAAGUGGCUGGGCAAGACAUCUCUGUGCAAGAUACUGGAAACCACAUCUGCCUUUCAAUCCUGCUGCAUGCGACCCUCAGACUAACAUGUUAGAUUUCUAAUGUAAGUUUUACCUCUAUAACAAGAAUUUCUAAGUAAACAUCCUGACUUUUGGUUCCACUGACCAAAAGAGCAGCCGUGUGUGCUGGCUAGCAGGCCACAGGAACCACAGUGCAGCCGGGCCCUGAAGAUCUAAUGAGUCACUUCUCUCCUCCGGCCUACCCAGUUUCUUGUCCACACACAUUGCUCCCCACCUCCCUGGCCUGAACUUCAAAAUUCCUGAACUUGGAUGGACUUGGAUGAAUAGUUGACUUUCCUUUGGGAGUGAGAACGGACAAGAGUGGCUUCUGAGAAGUUAGACAACACGUGGGUGCCUCAGGCUAUGCAUGCCUCUGGGUGAAGGCUACACCCCACAUAGCCAGUUCACUACUAAACCGGAGGACAAAGGGCCACUCCCUACUGCCCAGGGAACAGUGACCCUCUGGACAGUCACUCAGGAUCUUUUCAGUGCACGGUGUCCUAUUAACUAUGCCUGUAAACUAGGUAGAUCAAAACAGAUUUACUUACUAAUUGUUCCGACAUCAAAGCGCUGAAGCACGUCACACAAAUCAAAGACAGACUCACCCUGGAAGCUACCUGAGACCCUUGGCUGAUGACCUCUUUUUCCAUCUUUAGCAGUCGGUAGUUGUUUACCUUGCUGAAUCAUUCAUAUAUUGAUUUCUGUUUGCAGGGCCUUUUGAGUGGUAUGGGGCCCGAUAUUCCAGGGUAAGGUGAUCACCUUAAGCUCAGACGAUAAAGUGGGACCUUUCUUUUGUUUGAGACAGGGUCUCCUAAUGCAGUAGCUGCUAACCUCUAACUGGUCAUCCUCCUGUCUCAGCUUUCUAUAUGUUAAAACUAUAGGCUUAUACCACCAAGCCCAGGUUGAUAUUUUUAAAUUCUAUGUAUGUUUAAGACAGUCUCACUUAAAUGCCCUCAAACUAUCUGUAGUCCUCCAACCUCAGCCCCUGAGUGUUGGAAUUAAAGUUGUGUCAUUGGGCCAGGCUAAGACUUUAAAUUCUUUUAAUUUUAAAAUUUAGAAAUACAGAUCAGGAUUCAGUGUUGUAGGCAGAUCUCUGUUAGUUUGAGGUCAGACUGCUUUAUAUAGUGUGUUCCAGGAUAGCCUGGGGCUAUGUAGUGAGAUCCUGUCUUAAAAAUAAAUAAAGAAAUAAGCGAAUAAAUUCUGAAGAUGGGCACAUCAAAGUGUCAUCUAGAAACCUGAGUUUUCAA